AUGUACUUUUGGGGCAUCCUCCUGCUGGCUUCCUGCAGCGGCAGCCUCGUGGAGGUGGACGUCUCCACAUGGAUGCAGGAGGAUUCCGAUGAUGGACUGGCUUUGCUCCAGGUGAAGGCGGCGCAGCGCCAAGCAAGUUCCUCAGAGGAAUCCCAGGCUACAUCGGCAGUCCUGGCUGAAGAGGAUCAAGAGAACGUCGACUUCGGUGGUUUUGGUUAUCCUCAUCAUGGUGGCUGGGGCCAGCCUCAUCAUGGCGGCUGGGGCCACCCUCAUCAUGGUGGCUGGGGCCGCCCUGGCUUUGGCCACCCUGGCGGCUGGGGCCGCCCUGGCUGGGGCCGGCCCAACCGCUGGGGUCGGGGGGGCUGGGGACGGCCUCGAUGGGGUCGGCCUCGCCGUGGCUGGGCGCGUGGUCGUCGGUGGCGCUGA